AUGUUCGACCUCCCAGACGCGAAACGCGUUCGUCGCGAUGAACUCCUCUCGCGAGAUUCGACUUCACGAUCACCCUCACCGCAGUCGGACUCGUCAUUCCAAGACGCCCAUCAACGUUUGGGCGAACUCCUCAACCUUGAUGCAUUGAUAGCGCCUGCAGAGUCCACCGCUCCAGCAACCAAAUCACAGGAAGACGGCCAGCAACAAGAAGAUGAGGAGCAGGAAUUCGAGUUCCGUUUAUUUAGCGCCCCUGCUGCGCCGAAAUCUGCAACUAAGGGCGAGAAGACAGCUGCAACGGAAGGCGGAGAGAAAGCAGUAAGCGGGGGUGCUCAAAAAUUGAGAAUUCGGUUACGCUCGCCGACGCCUGGGGCGGUUGAUGGGGAGGGGCGAUUUCUGAAUCCCUUCCGAGGGUGGCAGUAUUACUUUACGACGCCGGAGCUGCUUACUGGGUCUGGCGCGAAGCAGGAUUCGGCUUCGACCAUUAGGAAGAAGCAAUUCGAGGAAGUUGCUGUGACCGGACAGCAGAUGCUGGAGUGGUCGGAGGUGCCCUGGCCCGGUUGCCAUCUACCAUGGCGGGUGACACAUCUCAACCGGCAGCAUACCAAGUUACCUCCUGUAUCUGAAGAUCCAACUGCAGUCGCAACUAUCUACGUUACGAAUCCUCCGACAAAAGUCCCCAUGUCUCGAAAGAAGCCCGGCAAGAAACGACGUAUCCAGUUGCGGAAGCGAAUAAAGGCCGCAGAGGAGGCAAAGCACAAUGAAGCCGAGAAGCGAAAUCGCAAGAAUCGGGAGAGAAAAAUCAAACGGAGACAAAAAGCACGAGAAUUGAAAGCUGCAGCUGCAGCUGCAUCGGGACAAAAGCAAGAUUCCGCCGAAGUGGAGACGAAAGAUGCUUCUGAUGUUAGCGAUUGA